AUGACGGGCAACCCCCACGCUGCGCUGUGCUGUCUCCUUAGCUGGGUUCUUUUGCAGCGGUGGGUAGUCGGCCUCGACUACACACUGGCGUCGCCACGGGCCCACCGCUGGCUACACGUCGCCACGAUGGAGACUCCGGACGGCAUCAACAUCGACCUCGUGGAGCAGCAACUUGUCGUGCCCUUGACGCUCGUGCCGACGCGCGUCGAGCUGGAGAUGCAAGACAGUACGUUUCUGCACGUGACGACGCGCGCGUUCAAUGGCUCGGUGCCGGCUCCGACGCUGGUCGUGACGCCGGGGGACCACCUCGUCUUUGACGUCACCAACGAUCUGGGGCCUGGCGCUGCCAACCACACGAGCCUCCACCUUCACGGCCUGCACAUUGGGCACGACGGCGUUGCGCUCGCGCCCGGCUCGAAACGCGUCUUCAAGUUCAUUGUGCCAUGGGACCACCCCUCGGGCACGUUUUGGUACCACCCUCACGUCCACGGUCUACUCAACGCACAGAUUGGCGGGCUUCUCGCAGAAGGGCAUGCGGCGACGGAGGAGGACCACUUGUCGCGGCAUUUCAACGCACGCCUUGAGAGCAAUUGCUCGGGCCUUCACGUACUCGUCAACGGGCUAUCGGUGCCAACGAUUGAUGUGCAACCGCACGCAUGGACGCGUCUUCGCUAUAUCAACGCGAUCGCCAACAACUUGGUAGAAAUUGCGCCGCCUGCCGCCAACUGCACGACACUGCUCUUGGCACGCGACGGAAUCACAUUGCACACGUGGUCGCCUGUGGUCGAGGCGAUCGUCGUGCCGCCCGGCGGCCGCGCCGACGUAUUGGUUCAAUGUCCCCGACAAACCGAAGACAUUACGAUCGACAUCGUCAAAGACCUCGCACGAUCGCCCGAGCUCGGCCACCACCACCGCGUGCCGUCGCAGCGGCUUUUGCGCUUGCGAAUCGCACCAGAGAGUGCUCUCGAGCAUACGAUUGUGACGGCGUCAGCAUGGCCUCAGCCAUUGCGCGUGAGCUUGCCGUCGUACAUGAUGACGCCACGAGCACUGCCACAAGCCUGCAACUACAACUAUACCUUCAUGGCCAACGACACUGCGAUGCGUGGCUACGGCGUCAACGGCGAGGCCUUUUCGAUGGCGAGUCGCGACAGCAUCGUCGUUGGGUCGCCACAGCUAUGGUGUGUGCGGAUUGCUGCCCCCAGCGACGUCAAUCAUCCCUUUCAUAUCCACAAUACGCACUUCCACGUGCUCGGUCAAGCAGGCUGGCGCGACACGAUACCUCUGCUCCACGGGACUCUCCAAAUAUGGUACAUUUGCUUUGUACUUCUUUGA